AUGAAAAAUAAUAUAAUUCUUAUAUGUAUUUAUUUUAUUUUUAUAAAAAAUAUAUGUGGAGGCUUAAAAGUACACAAAAUAAAAGAAAAUUAUUUUACCAUAAGUAAAAAUGGGGGUAAUACAGAUAUAUAUAAAAAUAAUUCGUCCAAUAAUAAUAUUAAAAAGUUAGGUGAAAGUAAGAAGGAAAAUAAAUUUUUUCAUUUUGAAAAUAAAAAAAAAAUAUCUAUUAAUCCUCUAUUUCAGUCUAUAUGCAAAGAUGUGAGUGUUAGUGAAACAUGCUUACAUAAUAUUCAAAAUUUUUUUAGUAAUGUAAAUUAUAAUAAUCUUAAAAGUAAAAAUUCAAAGGAAAGUAAGUAUUUUUGUGGUGUUCUUUAUGGAAAAUACGAAAAUAAUGAAUUUAUAAAAAUUGAAAAUGUAUUUUUUUCGAUGAAUAUUUCUGAAGGAUUUUAUGACAUAGAUUAUCUUUUAAAUAGUGAAGAUAGAAAAAAAGCCGAUAAAUUAGCAAAAAUGUUAAAUUUAGAAGUAGUUGGUUUUCUUUAUGCCUACCCUGAUAUAGGUGUUGAUAUAAAUAUGGCUAAUAAAAAAAAAAAAAGAUAUAUAAAAUUAAAUAAAAAGAUAAAAACAUUAAACGAUGAAGAAAAUGAAAUAUUUAUACCAAUGGGUGGAAAAGAAGUUUUAUUAUCACUAAUGUUAAUGAAACAAAUUUUAGAUAACUCAAAAAAAUACAGUGAAAAACCAAAUGAAUUACAUGAUAAUAGUAAUGGAAAUGAUCAAGAAGAAAAUGAAAAUGACAAAUAUAAGAAAAGUAAAAAUGACAAUUACAAUAUAAAUGAAAGUAAAAAAAGAUCUCUAAAAAAAAAAAAAAAAAAAAACUCCAAUAUAAAACCUUUUAUUAUAUUAUCAGUUGGUAUGAGUAAAAACACAGAUUCAAUUAUAGUAGAAGCAUAUGAAAUUAAUUAUGAUUUACUCAAGUUAGUAAAACAUAAUAUUAUCAAAGAUAUGAAAAAACAAAAUAGUAUCUUGCAAUUUGAAAAAAAACAAAAUGAAAAAGAAAUGAAAAUAAAAAAAUUUGAUUCCGAAGUAGACAUAAUGAAUGAAUUAUAUUUAAAAUGCAAAAAUAAUAUUCUUAUUAAAAAAAUUGAACUAAAAAAAAUUGAUAUAUUAUUUUGUGUUAAUAACGUCCCUAUAUUUUCCCAUAAAAGUGUUUAUAAUUAUUUCUUUCCAUAUCCUUCGAAUGAUAAUUAUUAUAAUAUUCUUCAAAAAUUUAAUAAUAUGAUAAAAACAAUAGAUAAUAAAAAUGAUAUUGUAAAUGUUUUUAGAGACUUUAAUUUUCUCUUUUUUUUAACUAAUCUUUUUUCUAUCGAUCAUGACUUUCCCUAUUUUUGUGCAGCUGUUAAUGAUAUAACUAAUUCUAUAAGUAUUCCAGAUCAUUAUAUAUACAUUUUAAAAAAUUUAUCAAAAAAUACAAAUAUUCUUGAUUAA